UAAGUUGAAAUAUCGAAAAUGGAUUCUUUGGGUUUAACGGAUAAGCCCCAUGUGGUUUGUGUUCCUCACCCCACUCAAGGCCAUAUCAAUCCCAUGAUGCAGCUAGCUAUGAUUCUUCACCACAGGGGCUUCCAUGUCACCUUUGUCAACACUGAGUUUAACCACAAACGACUACUUAAGUCCCGAGGACCGCAUGCUCUUGACGGUCUCCCUUCUUUUCAUUUCCAUACCAUUCCCGACGGCCUUCCGCCGACGGAUGCCGAUGCCACCCAAGACAUUCCUUCCCUCUGCGAGUCCACCGGUAAAACAUGCUUACCCUACUUUAAACAACUCCUCCACAAGCUAAACGACUCCACCACAUCCGACGUCCCCUCUGUUUCUUGCAUUGUUUCGGAUGGCGUUAUGAGCUUCACUCUUGAUGCAGCUGAAGAACUUGGCGUCCCUAACGUUCUGUUUUGGACCCCGAGCGCUUGCGGCUUCCUUGGUUAUGUUUAUUAUCGCCAACUAAUGGAAAAGGGUUAUACGCCUCUCAAAGAUGAAAGCUAUUUAACGAACGGAUAUUUGGAUACCGUCAUAGAUUGGAUACUAGCAAUGGAAGGCAUCCGGUUAAGGGAUAUACCUUCUUUCAUAAGAACAACUGACCCGGAUUCCAUUAUGCUUCAUUUCUUAGCCGUUGAAACUGAAAGAACUCGGAAGGCCUCAGCUAUAAUAAUUAAUACAUUUGAUGAUUUGGAGCACGAUGUCUUGGACGCGCUCAACUCAAUGCUACCACCCGUUUACUCCGUGGGGCCUCUGCAUCUUGUUUUGAACCAUCAUGUGCAUGACAAUGAAUUGAAACAGAUAGGAUCCAAUCUUUGGAAGGAAGAACCCCAGUGUCUCCAAUGGCUAGACUCGAAAGAGCCCAACUCUGUUGUUUACGUGAAUUUUGGGAGCAUCACCGUUAUGACAGCUGAUCACUUGACUGAAUUUGCUUGGGGGCUAGCAAACAGCAAACGACCCUUUUUUUGGGUCAUCAGACCCGACCUUGUGGGUGGUGAGUCGGCAAUUGUGCCGGCAAAGUUCGUAGAGGAGACCAAAGAUAGAGGACUAUUGGCCACAUGGUGCCCUCAAGAACAAGUUCUAGGCCACCCUUCUAUUGGAGGAUUCUUAACACAUAGCGGAUGGAAUUCCACGAUUGAAAGUAUAUCCGCCGGCGUUCCGAUGAUAUGUUGGCCGUUUUUCGCUGAGCAACCGACAAAUUGUUGGUGUUCAUGCAGUAAAUGGGGAGUGGGCAUGGAAAUCGACAGUGAUGUUAAGAGGGAUGAAGUUGAGAGCCUUGUUAGAGAGUUAAUCAAAGGAGGAAAGGGCAAAGAAAUGAAGAAGAAAGCUCUGGAAUGGAAAACAAAAGCAAAGGAGUCCAUAGCCAAUCCCGAUGGGUCAUCUUACAGGAACCUAGACAAAAUGAUCCAGGUUCUACUGUCACCCAGAGUUUAAGACUCCAAGGCCAC